GAUUAAGCAACCCUUUAUAAUUUAGUAUUAUGUUUUGUUUCCUCCAUCUGCUCACAGCGCACGAGUCAUAUGGUAGAAACGCGUUGGAAGAGAAUCCAGUUGCGAUCUGUUGCUGUUGUGUGCUAUAAUUCUAAAAUAUCAGUCUGCACAGGAAAUGGGGCUAUCUUAUUACAUAGUUUAAAUGCCUCGCAUACGCAGAUGUUAACAAAAGUGUAAAAAAAAUCAUAUUGCGAUAACGAGGUCUGGAGGAUUUCUUUGAAAGUUACAAGAUGAAAACAGGUGAAGCUAGUUAAGCAUAUCUGAAAAAUGAUAUAAGAAGUAAAAUGAAAUUCCAAAUGGACUUUAAAGCCGCAAAAUUAUUUAAAGGUGGAAAGACUCAAGCUAAAGCCGUUGUUAAUAUGAAGUUCCACUGUAAAGUUGUAUACACGAGAAAAUACCAACGAUCAAAUUGCAUUUAGAAAAAUAUUAUGUUUCUAACUGAUAUUAUUUAUUUUAAACCAAAGUGUCAAUAAUGCAAAUACAGAUAUCGCCCUAAUUAGAAUAUAACGUGAUUUGUAUGAAAAAUAACAAAUAGUGAAUUAAGAAAAAAAAGAAAAAAAAAGAAAAUGCUGUUUCAUAACUGAAAUAAAAUGAUCAAAACAAGAAAAACGCAUGGAGCAGAUGUUUAAAACUCUGUUACACGGCCACGUAUACAAAGAAUUAGAAUUGUGUGUUUGAUAAAGGAUAUCUGAAAACCUUCCGUUGCGUUACUUCAUAGCAAAAGUUAUUUUGUUUUAAGACAUCGAGCUCAUAUUUUGAUCAGGAAGGUUGUUUUUACAGUAAAAAAAGAAGCGAGAGAAAUAAGAGAUUGCAGAUUUCUGAAGGUCCCUGAUGCGUGCUGUAAGAGUCCCUCAUGGUGCUAUUUUCCUAUCAAACACGCUCGCCAUUGGUCAGUUUCAGAUCAGAUGGUGCAGUUUCCUUCUGUCCCGCACUGGCACCUCGCCACCCCCCCCCCCCCCCCCCCACUCCCCCCCCCCCCUUCAGCUAAAAUCCAAUCUCCGAUAAACUACUAAUAGCUAAACCAGUUGGACUAUAAAACACAACAAAUCAUAAAGCAAGGAAAAGAAACGUCGCCUCCAAAUGAGUUCGUAUUUUGUAAACUCCACUUUCCCGGUUACUCUGCCCGGUGGACAGGAGUCUUUCCUGGGACAGAUACCGUUAUAUUCCUCGGGAUACACGGAUUCUUUAAGACAUUACCCCGCUGCUGCUUACGGAGCUACAAGCGUCCAGGACAAGGCUUACCCAUCCACUUACUAUCAGCAGGCUAACGGUGCUUAUACUCGUUCAACAACGGUUGCUACUUGCGAUUAUGGAGCAGCAAGCUUCUACAGAGAAAAAGACCCUUCGUGCACACUGUCUAGUUUGGAGGAGCACUCGCUUGUUUUGAGCCAAGACCAGCGAAAGCCUGAAUGUGCAGCGCAGAGUAAGAGCAUAUUCGCUGAAACAGAUGACCAGAAGGCAGCAACCCCAGUUUACCCCUGGAUGCAACGAAUGAAUUCCUGCAAUGGUUCUGGCUUUGGAAACAGUGGUCGGAGAGGUCGGCAGACGUACACCAGGUACCAGACUUUGGAGCUGGAGAAGGAAUUUCAUUUCAACCGGUACCUAACAAGACGUCGUCGUAUCGAAAUUGCACAUGCACUUUGUCUCACAGAACGACAGAUAAAAAUCUGGUUUCAGAAUCGGCGUAUGAAAUUUAAGAAGGAAAACAAGCUAAUCAACUCGACGCAAACAAGCGGAGAAGAUGAAGAAGAAAAGAGGACAUGUUCAAAGUAAAAAAAAAAAUCUAGAAAGUGACUGUUCACAUCUUAACUACACAUCUGAAGAUGCCUUUACUGGCAAAUAUGUUCCAACUUUCUCAAUCUUUUGUUAAUAAAAGUUUCACCAGAAUAUUGUUUAGUACUUCUGUUUUGGCAUUCCAACUUAUAUAUAAUGUUUCAGUCAAACAAACAACCAAACUAUGUUUCUAACUUUAUGUCGCUAUACGCAAUAGUCAGUAUUGAAUUGUGUGAAAAAGCUGUUUCCUCAAUGACAACAUUUCUAGCUCUUGGUGAUGUACAAAAUUCGAAGAAAUGAAAAAGGCAAAGGUGUUUCAUGCUGUUUUGUAAAUUUAUUAUACGGGGUCUUUAAAUGUGUGUUAUUUGAUAGUAAAACAAUCUACUGUAAAACUUAGAAACUACCUAGAAUGGCUUAAAAGGUUAUAUUUUAUUAAUUUUGUACGUGUUGGUGUCUGUAGUAUUGUCCAAAGUUAUAAUGAAAACCCAUGGAAUAAAACAAAAUAUUGGCUGAA